UCAACAAGGUGCCGAACCAGAACUGAGAACUGGAAUGCCGACAUCCCAGCCAUGGCAGUCACAUCAUUCAUUUUGCUCUUGGCUCUCGUUGCUGCUGGGGCCACGAUCACAGACUACUUUGGGAGGCUGCUUGAAAAAAGGGAACGCGUUCAUUUAGACAUCGAUGACAAAAAGUCGCAUGACUCAAAGUUUACAGAAUCCAAGCAAGUGCCACGUUUUGAAAACAAAGCUAAGAAGCUGUUUCUUUGCUUCUCUCUUCUCGAGAAUGGCACCAAAUUAUUUGGAAGGGAAAGCUCGAAGACGGAUUCAAUUGGCGUCUUGCAUGGACUGCGUUUCUUCUGCAUUGCUUGGGUCAUUUGCAUCCACAAUCGAAUUAUACCUCGUUAUACCAACGUCUUUCGUAAUUCGGCUGACAUGAACAAAGUGAACCUGAUGACGACGAUCAUCGACCGGGGACCACUGGCAGUGGACACUUUUUUCUUCAUUGGGGAGAGUGACAGAAACAAGAUAUCAGGAUUGACUGUGGCGUGUGAGAGGGUACGUCAGCCAGGCGUGUUCCGGUACAGCCGUGGCGGGCUGACGUCCGACCCAGCUGUCACGCGAGUGGCUCGUCGUGUGCCGGGCCUCCGCCCCGGCAUCCAUCCCAUGCGCCAACCGCUGCAGAGUCAUCACUGCGACUCCUCGUGA